GAUGGCGGACGGGGACAGCGGCAGCGAGCGCGGCGGAGGCUUCGGUACCGGCAGCGGCGGCGGCGGCGGCGCCGGGAGGGGGGCGGGGCCCGAGCAGGAGACCCAGGAGCUGGCGUCCAAGCGCCUGGACAUCCAGAACAAGCGGUUCUACCUGGACGUGAAGCAGAACUCCAAGGGCCGGUUCCUCAAGAUCGCCGAGGUCGGCGCCGGGGGCUCCAAGAGCCGCCUCACGCUGUCCAUGGCCGUGGCCGCCGAGUUCCGUGAUUACCUCGGUGACUUCAUCGAGCACUACGCGCAGCUCGGCCCGUCCAGCCCCGAGCAGCUGGCCCAGGCCGCGGGGCCCCCCGACGGCGGCGACGGCGCCGGUGCCGGCCCCCGCCGGGCCCUCAAGAGCGAGUUCCUGGUGCGGGAGAACCGCAAGUAUUACCUGGACCUGAAGGAGAACCAACGCGGCCGCUUCCUCCGCAUCCGCCAGACCGUCAACCGCGGCCCCGGUGGCCCCGGGGGGUUCCCCGGUGGGCCCCCCGGCCUGCAGAGCGGUCAGACCAUCGCGCUGCCGGCCCAAGGGCUCAUCGAGUUCCGCGAUGCUCUGGCCAAGCUCAUCGACGACUACGGAGGGGACGAGGACGAGCUGGGCGGCCCCGGCGGCGGCGGAGGAGGCCCCGGGGCCGGGGGGCUGUACGGGGAGCUGCCCGAGGGCACGUCCAUCACGGUGGACUCGAAGCGCUUCUUCUUCGACGUGGGCUGCAACAAGUACGGGGUGUUCCUGCGGGUGAGCGAGGUGAAGCCCUCGUACCGGAACGCCAUCACUGUGCCCUACAAGGCUUGGGCCAAGUUCGGCGGCGCUUUCUGCCGCUACGCCGAGGAGAUGCGCGACAUCCAGGAGCGCCAGCGGGACAAGCUGUACGACCGGCGCACCGGCCCCCCCGGCCCCGGCAGCGGCAGCGGAGCCGGCGACGACUCGGACGGCGACGACGUGGACGACGACUGAGCCCCGGAUGUCACCGCCGGCCCCAUCCC